AUGGCUUCGUUUUUGGUGAAGUGUUCGCUGCUGCUCGUGAGCGUCUCGAUGGUUAUCGCUUUGACUAGUGCCGCAGAUGAUCUGCCGACCAACGUCAACCGUGGUAGCCUGGUGCGAGUGGCAAGAAAUCCACAGCAACCUCAAGGCUUUCCCAAUUUUCCACCGCCACAGUUUCCAUUCGGCAAUCCGGAAAUAGUCUCGCAAGAUACGCAGCGAGACAAAAAUGGGUUCGCUCAGACGACGAUCUACAAGUACCCGAACGGCAUGGGUUCGUCAUCCGUUUCGACAAGUUACUCGGGUUCGGCCAAGCUGAUCGGCGUCACCUGGAGCAUGAUGGGAGCGAUUGCCAUAGUGCUGCUAAAAAUGGUGUACUAA